AUGGUCCUCCAUAACCCCAACAACUGGCACUGGGUCAACAAGGAUGCCUCGGCCUGGGCGAAGCAGUAUCUUGAGGAGAGCUUGACGAAAGUCGAGUCUGCCGAUGGCGGUGUCACGGCAAAGAUUAGCAAGGUUGUGAGCAUGGAUGGCGACGUCGACGUUAGCCAGAGGAAGGGCAAGGUCAUCACCAUUUACGAUGUUAAGCUCGUCUUAGAAUACACCGGCACCACCUCUGACGAGACUGAAGUCUCGGGCACCAUUACUAUUCCUGAGGUCGCCCACGAUACCGAGGAAGACGAGUUUGUGUUCGACAUCGACAUUUACUCCGACGCCAAGGAGAAGCAGCCCGUCAAGGACCUGGUUCGCUCCAAGCUCCUGCCCAAGCUCCGCCAAGAGUUCCUUAAGCUCCCUGGAGCCUUGAUCGCCGAGCACGGCAAGGACAUCCAGCAUGCUCCCGGCUCCAACCCUUCGAGCGGCUUCUCCACGCCCAAGUACCACGCUCAGGGCUCGUCCUCGAAGCCCGCCUCCACCUCGACAAGCGUCAAGAGCGGCAGCGGCAAGGUUGUCAACACCAUGACCCUCACUGACACGGCCGAGUUCCGCACCACAGCAGAGGAGGCCUACCAGACCUUCGUCUUCCAGGGCGCUAUCAAGGGCGCAAAGUUUGAGCUGUUUGACGGAAACGUCACCGGCGAGUACCUCGAGCUUGACCCACCGAAGAAGAUUGUCCAGAGCUGGCGCCUGAAGCAGUGGCCCGAGGGCCACUUCUCCAAGCUCAGCAUCGAGUUCGAUCAGAACGACGUCGACCACGUCACGCUGAUGCGCGUCAACUGGGAUGGUGUCCCCGUCGGUGAGGAGGAGGCUACCAAGCGCAACUGGCAGGAAUACUACGUCAACAGCAUCAAGCGCACCUUUGGCUUCGGCACCAUCCUCUAA